AGGGGCUUCGGGAAGCAAGGAUUUCAGUGCCAAGUCUGCUGUUUCGUCGUGCACAAGCGGUGCCAUGAAUUUGUCACUUUCUCCUGCCCAGGCGCCGACAAGGGCCCAGCCUCUGAUGACCCCCGGAGCAAACACAAGUUCAAGAUCCACACGUACUCCAGCCCCACGUUCUGCGACCACUGCGGGUCCCUGCUCUACGGGCUCAUUCACCAAGGGAUGAAGUGUGACACCUGCAUGAUGAACGUCCACAAGCGCUGCGUGAUGAACGUGCCCAGCCUCUGCGGCACGGACCACACGGAGCGCCGCGGCCGCAUCUCCAUCAAGGCGCAGAUCGAGAAGGAAGUCCUCACCGUGGUCGUAAGAGAUGCCAAAAACCUCGUCCCUAUGGACCCCAACGGCUUGUCAGAUCCCUACGUGAAGCUGAAACUCAUUCCCGACCCCAAAAGUGAGAGCAAGCAGAAGACCAAAACCAUCAAGUGCUCCCUGAACCCCGAGUGGAACGAGACCUUCAGAUUCCAGCUGAAGGAAUCGGACAAGGACAGGAGGCUGUCCGUGGAGAUUUGGGACUGGGACCUGACCAGCCGGAAUGACUUCAUGGGGUCCUUGUCGUUCGGGAUCUCUGAGCUGCAGAAGGCUGGCGUCGAUGGCUGGUUCAAGCUUCUGAGCCAGGAGGAAGGCGAGUACUUCAACGUGCCGGUGCCGCCGGAGGGCGGCGAGUGUGACGACGACCUGCGCCAGAAGUUCGAGAGGGCCAAGAUCGGUCAGGCGCCCAAGACCCCGGAAGAGAAGACGACCAACACCACCUCCAAAUGUGACAGCAAUGGCAGCGGGGACCGGAUGAAGCUGACCGACUUCAACUUCCUGAUGGUGCUCGGGAAAGGCAGCUUCGGCAAGGUCAUGCUCUCGGAGCGGAAAGGCACGGACGAGCUGUACGCCGUGAAGAUCCUGAAGAAGGACGUGGUGAUCCAGGACGACGACGUGGAGUGCACGAUGGUGGAGAAGCGGGUGCUGGCGCUGCCUGGGAAGCCGCCCUUCCUCACCCAGCUGCACUCCUGCUUCCAGACCAUGGACCGCCUGUACUUCGUGAUGGAGUAUGUGAACGGCGGGGACCUCAUGUACCACAUCCAGCAGGUCGGCCGGUUCAAGGAGCCUCACGCCGUAUUCUACGCCGCAGAAAUCGCCAUCGGCCUGUUCUUCCUACAAAGCAAGGGCAUCAUUUACCGCGACCUAAAACUCGACAACGUGAUGCUGGACUCCGAGGGCCACGUGAAGAUCGCCGACUUCGGCAUGUGUAAGGAGAACAUGUGGGACGGCGUGACCACCAAGACCUUCUGCGGCACUCCAGACUACAUCGCCCCCGAGAUCAUCGCUUAUCAGCCCUACGGGAAGUCGGUGGACUGGUGGGCUUUCGGAGUCUUGCUCUACGAAAUGCUGGCCGGGCAGGCGCCGUUCGAAGGGGAGGACGAGGACGAGCUCUUCCAGUCCAUCAUGGAGCACACCGUGGCCUACCCGAAGUCCAUGUCCAAGGAGGCCGUGGCCAUCUGCAAAGGGCUGAUGACCAAACACCCAGGCAAACGUCUGGGCUGCGGACCCGAAGGCGAGCGAGACAUCAAAGAACAUGCAUUCUUCCGGUACAUAGACUGGGAGAAACUCGAACGCAAAGAGAUCCAGCCCCCGUAUAAGCCGAAAGCCUGUGGGCGAAACGCCGAAAACUUCGACCGGUUUUUCACCCGUCACCCACCAGUCCUAACACCUCCCGACCACGAAGUCAUCAGGAACAUUGACCAAUCAGAAUUUGAAGGAUUUUCCUUUGUUAACUCUGAAUUUUUAAAACCCGAAGUCAAGAGCUAAGUAGAUGCACAGAGCUCCGUCCUUCGUUUCUGUCAUUCAAGCUCAGCGGCUACUGUGGUGACAUUCUUUUUUUUUUUUUUUUUCAUUGCAAAGUUGCAUCCAUGUUUUAUUUGCUAAUGAGGCUAGAGUGGCCAUGUUUCAGAACCCAAAUGUCCUCGGGUAGUUUGGAGCAUCGCGAUGAGAUGGGAUGAUGCAGUUGGCGUGUGGAAGACGCUGCUGCAUAAUUAACUCGUUAUCGACGUCCUCUUACAAUUUACUUUCCCCGGCAUGUCAGCUAAGUAGAGCCAGGGGGGACAUAAAAUGCCUGCUCUCUCUCCUUUUUUUUUUUUCCUGCAUGGCCGUUUCUGUGCAUCCUCCAGCGUUAGCCACGCAGCCGCCACCCUUCCUACCCCAUGGGUGCAUGGUCGGAUGCUAGCGGCUCUCAUCCACGCCUGGCCCUGGGGUUGGCUAGUACACAACUUCACGGUCGCUUUGACUGAGAGAGAAUGCGGUUUCUCCAUUCGGCCCGGCUCGGAGGAAGCACGCGCUUUGCGCAGAACAUGCGAAAAAGAAAAAAAAAAUAAUUUUGUGUGUUAUGUUUUUAACUGCGGGUUAAAAACAUAAGCCCUUUCAAAAUUCCAAGUGCCUGCUUUCAGGCCACCCCAGUCUAAACGCGCCUGCGGAGAUCAAACGACAGCCAGCUCGGGCACUGCCUCACGCUGUCAUUUCUGACCCUGCGUGUCCCCGAGCACCUUCAUCCCCAAACUCCUGGCAGAGGGCAUUUGGCGCCACUUCCUGAAACUCCCCGGCCACUCUAGCGAGGUCCCAAGGGACCAUGAUUUUACAUGACAUUUCAAACUUUAUUUGCUUUGGGGUUUUAUUUCU